UACUCAUUCAGACUCCCCCUUUUCCUCUGUUCCAAGACAAGCCCAGCACCCAUACCAACCCCUCAUCCCCCCAAACAAUCCAUAUAUUGGGAGAUCUGCCUUCAUCCUUAGCUAAAUGCUUCAAAUUUCUUCAGUUGCCUUUAAAUGGACAUUGAGUUUGUCCCCUCUCCCUGCAGAUGCAAACUUGUUUAGCCUAUUGGCAGCAAAAAGUAAAGAAAAGCCCUGCUCCCUUGUGUUGUGCAGAGCCCAGCAGAGCCCAGCAGCAGCAGCAGAGCCCGGGAUGCACCGUGCAGGGAAGCAGAGCUCUCAGAGGAAGAAGCAGCAGAGUUGUCUCUUUCUAGUUCUGUCUGUGUGUUUUAUUCUUGCUGCUGUCUCUUGCUCACUGCUCUCCCCUCCCUCCCACCCCUUCUCUCUCUCUUUCUAUUUUCUCUUCCCUUCUCCUCUCACUCUCUCUCUCUCUCACUCUAAUGUGUGAUCUGGAAAGCUUAUAAAGCCUGAUGUAAUUCUUAAUGCAGCCCCUGGCUACAAAGACUGGAUGUAGUUGCACCGAGUAGCAGGAACCACAAAAAAGCAGCAGGAGAAAGGGAAGCAGCAAAUACCAUUGGAUUUUAACCAAAAUAUCUCUGGGAAGCCCUUGUGUUGUGGGAAAGGCACCAGUGAAUGAUUCUGAAGAAGACUUUGAUUGUCUCAUUGGAUCUAAUCAUUUAUUGGCUUUUAACGGAAGGUUUCCAAGGGAUUUUUUUUCCUGAUUCCUCUUUCCUCCUCCUAAAGGCUGAAUGUGUCUCGUUUAUCCGAGGCUCCUCUCCGUAGCUCUCGACUGCAUGUGAAGUUGAGACAAGAACGCAAUCCUCAUCAUUAUCACUCCGGGAGGACUUUGCGCAUUUCAGCCUGUUGUAUUUUUGGUGUUGGAAAAUAAAAAAAAAGGGGCUUGUGCUGGGGUGGGGGGCUGAAUAUUUAAUCCCUGGAAUGUCUUUUUUUUGCACCAGAGGAGCUUGUUUAAAGUGAAAGAGUUGAAGCUGCACCUGUUAUGUCCAAGACCUGGCCUCUGCCUGACAAUUAUUUGGGAUUUCAAAGGACCAGAGACCUAGGAUGAGGAGCGUUGUAUUCCCCCACAGCCUACUUUUCGUAUUGCCACUUUUCUUUGUGUGGUCUGCAGCUCACCUUGACUUGGGGCAGAAUCCUUGCACUACCCUUGUCCAGGGGAAAUUCUUUGGCUAUUUCUCCUCUUUGUCUGUCUUCCCCUUGAACUCGUCUUUCUGCUCUUGGAUUAUACAAAACCCUGAUCCCAGGAGGUACACUCUGUACAUGAAGGUGUCCAAGCCUUCAGGCAUAUGUGAUCACCAGCAGAUACGAACCUCUCAGUUUGACUCAUUCCUGGAGUCUACCAGGACCUACUUGGGGAUGGAGAGUUUUGAUGAGGUUCUCAAACUGUGUGAUAGCUCUGUCCCUUACGCCUUCCUGCAGUCCAACAAGCAGUUCCUUCAGAUGAAGCAGACCCUACCUAGACAUGAGGGGUCCCAGUUGCAGUGGAAGUCUAUCCAACCUCAGGAGACCGACUUCUCCUUGGAAUAUCUUGUUCUGGGGAACAGGAAUCCCAGCAAGGCUGCUUGCCAGAUGCUCUGCAAAUGGUUGGACACUUGUCUAAGCAGCAGUAGCAGCCUGCACCCCUGUGGCAUCAUGCAGACACCAUGCUCGUGCCACGAUGGGGAAGCACAGGUGCCUCAUGGCGAAAUCACAGGGUUAACCAAGAAAAAGGAGGAGUGCGUUAAAAAUGGGAUUUAUCUGGAAAACUGCAUAAGCAACUCAAGAGAUGGAGCACUGGAGGGUGGUUGGACCUCUUGGACUUCUUGGGGAGAUUGUAACAGGGACUGUGGGGGUGGUCUGCAAACCCGAACAAGGACAUGUCUUUCUUUGCCAGAGGAGGGGAAUAUCUGUGAAGGAGUUCUGGAGGAGGGUCGACUGUGCAAUAGGAAGGCGUGCAAUGCUGACGGGCAUUAUGACUCUAAAAGCCAGUCGCUGAGAUCCAUAGACAACAAGAAAAAAGAAGACGCAGAAGACCAAUACCAGAUGGGCUACCCGGCACCUCAAAUAGCUUUGUUUCCCCUCAUCCCAACAGGUGACCCAGCGGCAGAGGAAUGGUCUCCUUGGAGCAUUUGUUCCGCUACCUGCGGAGAGGGACUCAAAUCCAGAACCAGAUUCUGCGUCUCCUCCUCAUACAGUACUCACUGCAGCGGCCCACUCAAGGAGCACAAGCAAUGUAAUAACUCUGCCUGUCCAGUGGAUGGAAUAUGGGCUGAAUGGUCACCCUGGAGCCUUUGUUCGUCUACAUGUGGCCGGGGGUUCAGGGAAAGAACUCGAACUUGUACCCCUCCUCAGUUUGGUGGCAACAACUGUGAUGGACCAGAAAAGCAAACCAAGUUCUGUAACAUCGCCUCAUGCCCAGAUUUAUCUCUAGUGGAUGGAAACUGGAAUGAUUGGUCAAGCUGGAGUGCUUGUUCUGCGUCUUGUUCCAAUGGUACUCAGAAAAGGACUCGGGAGUGCAAUGGACCAUCCUAUGGUGGAUCUGAAUGUUAUGGCCAAUGGUCUGACACAAGAGACUGCUUUUUAACACAGUGUCCAGUUGAUGGAAAUUGGCAGAAUUGGGGGUCGUGGGCAGCGUGCACCAGCACCUGUGGAGGAGGCAUACAGAAAAGGGAACGUACAUGUUAUGGCCCCUUUUAUGGAGGGGAACCUUGCCCAGGAUCCAUGGAAGAAUCCAAGCCAUGUAAUGAAAAAAAGUGUCCAGAACCGCAUGAGAUUUGCCCUGAGGAAACUUCUGCUUCUGUCACUUGGCAAGAAACCCCGGCAGGAGAGAUGGCCACGCUCCGAUGUCCUCGGAAUUCUACCGGGCUUAUUCUCCGAACCUGCAUUUUAGAUGACGAAGGCGACGCUUACUGGGAGCCCCCGACAUACAUCAAAUGUGUUUCCCUUGACUACCGCAAUAUUCAGCAGAUGAUAAGGGAGCACCUUGCUAAAGCACAGCGGGGCCUCGUUGGAGAAGGAGUAUCCGGAGUAAUUCAGCAUCUAGUGGAUGUAACACAGGAAGGAUCCAGCUACAGUGGAGAUGUCUGGUCCACCGUUGACUCUUUGAGGAACAUUACGGAAAUAUUUCGCCGUGCUUAUCACAGUCCGACUAGUGGCGACAUACAGAAUUUUGUACAGAUCAUCAGCAACUUGCUGUCAGAAGAAAACAGAGACAAGUGGGAAGAAGCCCAAAUGGUGGGACUGAGCGUUAAAGAUCUGUUCAAACUGAUUGAAGAUUUCAUCGAAGUCAUUGGAUUCCGAAUGAAAGACUUCAAGGACUCCUAUCAAGUGACGGACAACCUGGUUCUAAGUAUCUUCAAGCGUCCAGCCAACAGUGCAACCGACAUCAACUUCCCAAUGAAAGGCUGGAGAGGGAUGGCGGACUGGGCCAAGAACUCAGAAGAUAAAGUCUCCGUUUCCAAGAGCUUGCUAUCUACUGGGGAUACAGAUGACUCGUCCAUCUUCAUUAUUGGAACAGUGCUCUACAGGAACCUGGGAAGCAUUCUGUCCUUGCAGAGAAACACCACCGUGUUGAAUUCUAAGAUUAUCUCCGUUACGGUGAAACCGUCGCCCAGAUCUAUUCCCGUUCCUCUGGAUAUCGAGUUCUCCCACAUGUACAAUGGAACCACCAAUCAGACGUGCAUCGUAUGGGAUGAAACUGACAUAUCAUCUAAUGUGGGCGCCUGGUCCCUGAAAGGCUGUCGCACGGUGUCCGUGGAUUCCUCUCACACUAAAUGCUCUUGUGAUCGUUUAUCCAGUUUCGCCAUUUUAGCCAACCUUACUUCUGACAUGAAUUUGGAAAAGGUGCUCAUUCCUUCCGUCACACUAAUUGUCGGCUGUGGGGUCUCUUCACUCACACUCCUUCUUCUGAUCAUCAUAUAUGUCUCUGUCUGGAGGUACAUCCGCUCUGAACGAUCUGUCAUACUCAUUAACUUCUGCUUGUCCAUUAUAUCUUCAAAUGCCUUAAUACUCAUUGGACAAACGCAGACACGAAAUAAGGUAAUAUGCACUCUCGUGGCUGCCUUUCUUCAUUUCUUCUUCCUUUCCUCAUUUUGUUGGGUGCUGACGGAAGCCUGGCAGUCGUACAUGGCUGUCACGGGGCGACUGAGAAACCGGAUCAUCCGCAAGCGUUUCCUCUGCCUCGGAUGGGGGCUUCCAGCUCUGGUAGUGGCGAUUUCUGUCGGUUUUACCAAGGCAAAGGGGUAUGGAUCUGCCAAUUACUGUUGGCUAUCACUUGAAGGAGGGCUCCUUUAUGCAUUUGUCGGACCAGCAGCUGCCGUCGUCUUGGUGAAUAUGGUUAUAGGCAUCCUCGUAUUCAACAAGCUUGUAUCCAAAGAUGGCAUUGCAGACAAGAAGCUCAAGGAACGGGCUGGUAUUUGUGAUUUUAAUUGCAGUCAGAUGACAAUGCCCCUAUACGGCAUGACGCUCAAAUGUUCCAAGUGUGGAAUAGUAUCUUCAGCAGAAGUAUCCGCCACAGCCACCAGUAAUGCCAUCGCUCUACAAUUGGAUAGUUCAAAAAGGGGGAAACCACUAGCUGAAGUGCAUAAAUUGACUUAUCGAUGCAGAAGGGCCUCAUUAUGGAGUUCAUGUGUGGUGUUACCGCUCUUGGCGCUCACGUGGAUGUCGGCGGUUUUGGCCAUCACGGACAGGCGGUCUGCUCUCUUCCAGAUCCUUUUUGCUGUCUUUGAUUCACUGGAAGGAUUUGUUAUUGUCAUGGUGCACUGUAUCCUCAGAAGAGAGGUGCAGGAUGCUGUGAAAUGUCGAGUUGUUGAUCAACAAGAAGAAGGAAACGGUGACUCUGGGGGGUCCUUUCAAAAUGGACACGCUCAGCUAAUGCUGGAAGAAGCCAACAACCCAUACAUCUGCACGGCCAUGGUUGGUCUCAAGGACAAGAAAAUACCGUCGGAUUUUGAGAAAGACGUGGAUUUUGCAUGUAGAUCAGUGCUAAACAAGGACAGCUCCACACUUCGAACAUCUACAAUCACAGGAACACUAAAGCGACCAUCUCUUCAGGAUGAAGAAAAAAUGAAGAUGAACCACCAGAAAGGUUCCAACUUCAAUAGUCUUCCAUCCAAUGCGUCAAAAAUUCACCAUCAAGGCUCUCCACACUACCUAGGAGGUAUAAACCUGAAUGAGUUCAACAACCAUACACUCACACUUAAAAAGGACAAAAGCCAGUCCUCCAAGCCUAUGUAUAUGUGUGAAGGGGACAUCUUUAAGAAGUUAGAUUCAGAACUCACACGCGCUCAGGAGCAGUCCAUGGACCCGAGCUAUGUUAUAUUACCCAGCAACACAUCAACGCUGAGAGCAAAGCCAAAAGAAGAAAACAAAUACAGUAUGAACAUUGAUCAGAUGCCGCAAACCAGGCUCAUACACCUUAAUAUGGCUGAUCCUAGCUACAUGCUAAAAAGUCCACCAAGAGAACGAAUUGGCAUGCAGUGUCCUGAGCAGGGGUCACCAAUGCAAAAACAUCAAAUUUAUCCCAGUGAGGCACAGAUUCCACUUGGCCUUUGUGAUAAAGGAGACUCAGGGAUAUCAGGAAUUGUAACAAAGGGCGAAUCCAUCUCUGCACUUUCAAUGAGCUCCUUGGAGAGAAGAAAAUCACGCUACGCAGAGUUAGAUUUUGAGAAAAUUAUGCACACCAGGAAACGCCACCAGGAUAUGUUUCAAGACUUAAACAGAAAACUACAACAUGCAGAGACAGAAUCCCCUACUGCAGAGAGCAAGUUAGAAAAGCAACAGACGCCAAAUAAGAGGCCAUGGGAAGGUGUGAGAACAAUCCAGUCACCACCUUGGGUUACAAAAGACCUGGAACCUGUGUCCCCUUCUCCCCUAGAGCUAAAGACUGUGGAGUGGGAGAAAAUGGGAGCAACGAUACCUCUGGUUGGACAAGACAUAAUUGACCUUCAGACUGAAGUCUGAAACUUCACAGAAAGACUUGUUUUAUGUUUCCAUAUAAAAAGGAGAGAAGUUUGGUUUCUUUUGAAACCUUGUUAAAAUACUUUUUUGCAUCGUUCUCAGAAGGGAAAACUCCGUUAGACUCUUAGAGCUAGCUACAACACGAUCUCUCCCAGGUACGGCAGAGGAAUAGAAGGCAAGAGAUGAGGCUCAGUGGAAGGGGAUAUAAAAGGACUUUAUUAGGGUCAUCUUCCAUGAAAAAGUAAUGGUUACAAAGACAUCGAAAUGAAGCAGUGUGGUUGGCUGACAAUUAUAAUUACUCCUAGACAUAGGAGAAAAACAUAGCAGUAGAAAAGCAAGGUGGCCAGUCAUCGCCAAGUUCUUGCAUUCAGCCAUUUUAAUACAACAUGUACGUAAUACAAUAUGGCCAAAUCACUGGCUUCUCUAGUGCUGGCCCAGAGAGGAGACCAUAAAGCAGAUGUGAGGGAACCACACGUACCUGAUCCCUUUUACUAGGAUACUCGCCAAAUAACCCAGCCUAAGGGAGGAUUCCUAGAUAUAGCAGGUUAGGCUUUACUCAUUGACAGAAAGUCUUUGACUGUUAUGAAGAACCCGUCCAGAUACCUUCUGAUUACUUUAUCUUCAUCCUCUGCUCAGUUCAGCAGAUAUUUGUCAUAAGAAGAUUGUUACCUACAGAAAUGUUUAUAUAGUUUUGUAACCUGGCUUCGGACUUAACAGACUGCCUAGAAACGUACACUAUGAAGAUAUAAUAAAGUGUUCUGAAACCUAAGAGCACUUGUUUAUUUUGCUCCUGACAUUUUUUUUUGAGAAUAUUUUCCAUUGGACCAGGGAUCCAGCAGAAUUUGUUUAGCCAUUGCCGUGUGUGUUCCGCCAGAAUUCAUUCAGUGACCGUGGAAGUCCAACGAGUGGAGAAGAAAUCGACUGGUCAACGUUUCAAUGGGAAAAGAGUUCAAAUAGAUUAACCUCGAUGAAGGUUGCUUGAUAUGCAAGCAUUUUAUUGCGCCCAUGUUUUAAACCAAGAUGACAUUUAUGUUGUCAUUAGCUGUGUAUGAAAUAAACCGAUAAAUGUUACAGACCGUCUCCAAUCCAAAAUAGUAAAUAAAGAGAGGAAAGUUUACUUAAAACUGUGAUGUAAUUGUCCGAUUUUAGAAUAUAUAUAAAUGAUAAGAAAGCACAAGGCCUCCGGUGCCGUGUUGUAUAAUAAUGUAAUUAUUAUAAUUACACACUAUGAAUUUUAGCAUAUAAAUAUCUUUAUACUGUGUUUUCAUUAUUUUUCCUUUUGAAUUUUAUUUUUGAUUAUAUUCAUUUUUUUUAACGUUCGGCGUCCAAAGCCAUUUCCCGUUAAAGAAAGCCGGCGAUGUUAAGUAAUAACUCAACUCCGCAUUCGUUUAAUACCUGUUGGGAUUUACUUUUUUUUUUAAUUUUUCCCAAAUCCUCAGAUUUUUUUUUUCUUUUCAAUUUUUUCUUUCUUUUCUGUGUUUGUCCGUUUUUUCUGUACAGUUUUCAGAGCACAAAUGAAUGUGUUUUAUUUCUAAUAAAAAGAAAGUAUAAAC